AUGCUAGCACAGAACCUCACGGCUGCUUUCUCUGAACAACUCCGCGCCGUCAUGAAUAAUGCUCCUGCUCAGCAACGAGUAUUAGAAGACAUGGCGGAUCAAAUAAAAAACUUGCGGGCACGAAUCGAACCCCAUCAGGAGAUACCGAAGUCUCAUGAAUCUCAGGAUGGGAACUCGAGGACGUCCCACUCCAGUAGACGCAAUAAGAAGAGGCGGGAGAGAUCUAGAACCUACCCGAGCCUCAGCAAAACAGGUCUGCGGGAUGGCGAAUCUAAAACCGCCUCUCGAGAUGUCCGCACCUUCCUAGAAAGUAAGAAACAAAAGACGUCUGAAAGCGUCCAAUCAUUGGUGGAUAAAAGGAGGGAAGAAAGAAAGCAAGCCCAAGCCGCGGAGUCUAGCCGCCGCAUCUCCAUGCCGCGGAAUGAGGCCGGCAAAAGUAGCCUUUCUGGAAAACUCGUACCCAUAAUCUCUCCAUUGGCCCCGGUGAUACUAAAUACUCCCAGUAAUGGGAAGAUAAAGAUUCCAAACAUGGCGGCCUUCGAUGGAACGUCCUGCCCGGAGGAACAUCUGAUGGCCUACAAAAACUUGAUGUUGCUGUAUACCAACGACCCGUUGUUGUGGUGCAAGUUCUUCCCGACUACUGUUACGGGGGUAGCACUGACAUGGUAUACUUCCCUUCCAGGAGGAAGUAUACACAACUUUGUCCAACUGGAAGAGAAGUUCCUGGGCCACUUUAUAGCUUCCAGGAGGCAGGAGAAAUCAAAUUUUCACUUACUCAGCAUCACGCAAUUAGAAGGAGAAUCCAUAUCAUCCUAUCUAAAAAAGUUUCAUGAGGCGGUGCUGGAGGCCCAUGAUCCUAAGAAACGGAGGUCUGAUAAGAAGGACCCCAUUACCAAUAAAUCCUCGAGAAACAGAGAGAAACAAGCAUUGAGGAGGGAAAGAAACUACCCUCCACGAUCCAAACAUGUGUACGUCGCGGAAGGGGAAACAAGGACGCGGAGUAUACUCGAUGGAGGCAAUGACCCGAUGUUCAACCGCAACAGGAAAGACAUAUUCUAUGCCAUCCGCAAUGAAUUGCCGACUCCACCUCCUACUAACACCCCCUCCAACCGUCGUAACUUCAAUCUGUGGUGUGACUACCACAAAGAACACGGCCACACUUUGGCCCAAUGCCGAGAACUUAAACGUAUCCUGCACCAAUUGGCUGAUGAAGGGAAACUGUCGAGGUUCAUCAACAAGGGAGACUAUGUAGCAAAAGAAGUCGAAAGAAAGCCGUGGCACCAUAAACGCAGAUCCCCCGGGAGGGAUGAGGCCAGGCGCGAAAGUUCCAACACUCAAGGGACUAUCAACCUGAUUUUCGGUGGAUAG